CCUUGAUAAAUUCCAUCUUACCCGGUGCGCGCUCAAAAGAUAAGGUCGCCGUAGCGCACACUAAAACCUUCACCUCCUCCGUCCAAUCUCCCGCCGGUAAGUUCACCGGCCGGUGAUGCGAUCUCAGUCCGAUGGCAUUACUCGUAAAUCGCGUUCCCUUUCUCUCUCUUCCUAAAAAAUCUCUCCCGUCCCCAAACAAAUCCCCUCAAAAUGCGACGAGAAAUCGCAGAGCUCUCGUUGCUAGGGCAACGGCGGAUGGAAAUUUGAGCACCGUUCUCGUCACCGGCGCCGGAGGUAGAACUGGUCAAAUUGUUUACAAAAAGCUGAAGGAGAGAACCGGCCAAUACAUUGCAAGGGGUCUUGUGAGGACAGAGGAGAGCAAAGAGAAACUCGGAGGCACAGAUGAUAUUUUUGUCGGUGAUAUAAGAGAACCUAAAACUAUUGCUCCUGCUAUUGAAGGCAUUGAUGCACUCAUAAUUCUUACGAGUGCUGUGCCUAAGAUGAAACCAGGUUUUGAUCCCACAAAAGGUGAGCGUCCUGAAUUCUACUUUGAAGAUGGAUCAUUUCCUGAACAGGUUGACUGGAUUGGUCAGAAGAAUCAAAUUGAUGCUGCUAAAGCUGUUGGAGUGAAACAGGUUGUACUCGUUGGUUCAAUGGGAGGAACAGAUAUAAAUCAUCCCUUGAAUAGCAUCGGGAAUGGUAACAUUUUGGUGUGGAAGCGGAAGGCAGAACAAUAUUUAGCAGACUCUGGACUACCAUAUACUAUUAUAAGGGCUGGAGGCUUGCAGGAUAAAGAUGGAGGCAAACGAGAAUUACUUGUGGGAAAAGAUGAUGAGCUUCUAGAGACAGAGACUAGAACCAUUGCUUAUAUAUAUAUAUAUAUAUGUGUGUGUGCAUUGCAAUUUGAGGAGGCAAAGUUCAAGGCAUUUGAUCUAGCUUCAAAGCCAGAGGGCACUGGCACUCCAACAACAGAUUUCAAGUCUCUCUUCGCUAAAAUCGCUACUCGUUUCUGAGCCUUUUUGUGUUGCCAUUCAGUUUUCCUUUUUGAGUUGCAGUCACAUGCGCAGGGAUGUUUUUUGUUCUUGACGGCAAGUUGGAGAUUUUCAAGUUGAUUAUGUAUCUGUUAUAAAGAAAGUUACUGUUUUUCUUAAUAGAGCUGCUUUUCUGCUAUGACAGCAUUUUUUUUACAUCAAUGAACUUGUAUUGCUGAUAUUCACUGUAUCAAGCAAAUUUAAGUGUUGCUGUGGUUUUAUCUGGAGGCCAAUUUGAUAUUAA